GAUCUUAUAUAGUUCAUGCGAAUAAUGUUAGUAGGAUGCUAUAGUCGUGUUAUGAUUUUUGUGUAAUUGGCAGUAUCGUAUGGAAACAAUACGUUACACAAUUUCAACAUAGAAGUCCAACAUACAAAAGUAUUGCUUACAUCAUAACAUUUAUUGAAGCAUAAGAAGUUGGAUGCACUUUGAAACGACAGUGACUAACAUUUUUUGUCAUCUAUAUUACUGCAAAUAUUGAUCCUGUGAAACAAUGGAUAGUACAAAUAUUACCGAAAAAGAUGAGUCAUCUAUUAGUGAUACAAAUGGUUAUAAGCAACAAGAUCCUGAAGAUAUACAAAUUCCUGUACCUUGGGGGUAUAUAAGCGGCAAAUGGUGGGGCCCUCGAUGGGUUCAACCAAUAGUGGCACUACAUGGUCGUCAAGAUAAUGCAGGCAGUUUUGAUACCUUGAUUCCAUUACUUCCUGAUGAUAUUUCAGUACUUUGUUUGGAUAUGCCUGGGCAUGGUUUAUCAUCUCAUUAUCCAAAAAGUCAAUACUAUUAUGUUUAUUGGGAUGGUGUUAUAAUCCUACGUAGAAUCGUAAAAUAUUUCAAGUGGACUAAGGUGAAAUUGCUGGGACAUUCACUGGGUGGAGCAAUAUCAUUUUUGUAUGCUGCAUCUUAUCCCAAUGAAGUAGAUAUUUUGAUUAGUUUGGAUAUAGUUAGCCCUAGUGUAAGGGAUAUAACUAAGACUGCAGCAAUAACAGGAGAUCACAUUGAUAAAUUCUUAAAAUAUGAAAAUCUUACAUUAGAUAAUAUUCCAUGUUAUGAAUAUUCUGAAAUGAUUGGUAUAGUUGUAGCUGCUUACAAUGGUUCUAUAAACGAAAAGGGGGCUGAAAUAUUAAUGAAACGUGGUAUACAAGCUUCGUAUAUUCCUAAGAAAUUUUAUUUCUCUCGUGAUCCAAGAUUGAAGGUUUCUACACUAGGUAUGCUAUCCUUAGAUUUGGUACUUGCAUAUGCAUCAAAAAUAACAUGUGCAUACCUUAACAUUCGAGCCGUUCCUGGUAUGGAUUUCGAGCAACCUGAAAAUUAUCAAAAGGUCCUAGAUCAAAUAAAAAUAAGUGCUAAAAAAUAUGAAUACCAUGAAGUUAAGGGCACUCAUCAUGUUCAUUUGAUUAAUCCUGAAAGAAUUGCACCAAUAAUAAAGAAUUUUAUAAGUAAUUAAAGAUAAUAUAUUCUAGAUAAUAUGAAUAUAUAUAGUAAAUUUAUUUGAUGAAUAUAAUUUUAAUAGUGGUGAAAUGCAAAUCUUUGACUUAAUAAAUUUAAAUUAUUCUUAUAA